UGACGAGCGUUGCCAGGGAAACGCUAGAAGCACCACCUGGCCCUGUUGGUGCUGUGCUAAUGAACAAAGUGCGCAAGUACCUCAGCAAUACUGGCGUUCAGACAGAGUUUCACAAUCUUAUUCGCAAGUUGCUGAGUCUUGAAGAGCUGCCAUAUAACCCAUACCCUGGACUAGCUGUACGUCUGCGGCCUUUUAUGGAGAAGUUUUUCAUGGAUAAAUUAUCAGAUGACAAAAUUGAGUAUGUUUUAAGUGUCCCCUUAAAACAAGCCCGCCCUUUAGAUCUCUUCACAGUCAAGGGGGAGGCAACUGUCUGGGGAUUGAGAAGUCUCCUGAGAGUGGUAGACACAUCAAUGUUGAGCAGGUAUCAAUGGUUGUCAGAUCACAUCGUUCCCGGCUACAAUGAUCUGUACCAGAAGGCAGAGUACACCAACCAGGUCCUGGUGGCACUUGUUGGAGCUGCUAUCUUUCAUGGUUCCUUCUAUCAGCAAGUUCAUAUCGCACAAUUCAGGCUGGAGUUUCUCAUCACAGGGAAGCUUCUAGAUGAGGCGGUAUCCAUUUUUGUGAACAGUGUUAUCAUGGAUGUGAACAGGCUGCGUGACAGCAAGAAGCACAUUCUGAUUGGUUUGAACGUUCCAGUUCUGACAACAGCUGCUGAAAAGGAGGAUGUUUGGUUGCUGGAAUUCUGGGAUAAUCAGGCAAUUGAAAACCACAAGGAUGAACUGAUGCAGAAGAUGAGUGAUGCCACGUUAGGAAACAAAUACAUUCUUGCAGAAUGUGUGUUUCAGCUGGAUCCAUUGAAACAAGUCUUUGUGCAGGGGCAAAAACAGUAUACUCUGAACUUUGUUGAAGUGAUUGAUGGAGUCAAAGAAGAAAGCUUGUCAAACUUUGCUGAGUUUCCAAUGGCUUCUCUACAUGAGGGUGUCUUUCUGCACCAGUUGCACGCAGAGAGAUACCUGGCAAUGUUCAACCCACAGUUGGACAUGGUGGACAAUGCUAAUGUUCACCGAGCAUCAGCCAAGCCUGCAGCGAACCUUCCUGGUGAUGCGUCUAGAAAGUCCUCGUCAGUGCCAGAAGAAGACUAUUUAUACAUUCACCGACAUGUCCACCAAAGACUUCAGAAGCACAAUCCUCGUAAAGCUCGCAUUGAUGGCUUUCAACUUUCUGAUGACCCAGGGUCCGGUCCUUUUGCCUGGCAGAUAACUGGCCCAAUCAGAUCUAACCUCCAAAAGCGAAUUGUGGGCUUCCAUCCAUGGGCACAGCUGUUUGAUAUUGUCUACCACAUGAUUCUCUUGGUCCUGAUGGAAAGGAAGACUUCAGACACUCCACUGUUGAUAGAGCUGUACAAACUCUGCCACAGCACAGCCGGCCGGCUUCACAUGCUUGGAGAGAGAAACAAAGCGGUCCGUGCUCUGAUUAGAGGCUUUAUGAAUAGAAUGGAUGCGUAUAGAAUUCGACAAUUCAUGAUUGAGUAUAAGGAUGACAUUGAUUCACUUCUGGCUUUGAGUGUUCAUGAAAGAAGUGCUGACUUGCUGGCUGUUGGCCAGGUUCUGUCGGCCCAGGUGACCAGCGUUCUGGAUGUGUCUGAUAGUCAGCUGACAACCUCGUCACAUCUCAACAUGAUGGUGUUGUUGUUGCGUGACCAGUUCCACUUUUUAUUGGCUACUUUGAUGAGGAUAUCAGAGGAUGUUUUUAACUGGUGUCCAUUAUUAAAGGAACAGAUUGACAAACUGCAUGCAAGCUUCCCAGAAUCCAUUCCGAGACCAGCCUCCAACACCAGGGAUCCUCAAGCGGCGGGACCACGGGACUUGAUCCCAAAGACAACAUAUAUUAAACAUGGCUUUGAAGAUGACCACAUCAUGAAGCAUGAGAACAGCACUCUUGUGAUCAGCAAAUUAGUGGAAAAAGAUCCAAGUUACAAAAUAAUUGCGAAGGAGUCGGUUCUACUAAGGUAUGUUGCAGAUACUCAUCUGGAUGAAACUUGGGAGAAGUUUCUAGAAGAUUUGUUUCAAGGGAAAGAACCACCGGAGAAUCCCUAUCCCAGUCUGGUCACCACGCUGCGUUCCUGCGCCAUGAGGGUGGACCUGUGUUUUGAACCAGAGUCAUCUGUUCUUGACCGAGUCCUGACAAAGGCGGCCAGAAUUGUGGAUGCAGACAACUUCAUAUUUCAGUUGCCAGAUUGUGAAGCUUUUGGUCCAGCCACUGCAGUAGCUUUGCUUGACACUGAAGCCUAUACCACAGUCCUGCAGUGUGUGCAAGAAUACUUAGUCAACAAAGCAUACAUUCACCGCAAGGGCCCAUAUAGGAUUGGUAUCUGUUUGGGUGUGACCGGACCGGCUGCUUUCUAUGGUAAAAUGAAACCCUACCUGGCUCAGUUAGACCUUCAUGAACAUUACUACAUCCAAGGACCUCCAGGUUGUGAAACAGAUGCUGCCCAACUCUUUGCAGUGAUGAUUCAGAAACACGUCUGGGAGCUGGUGUCUGCCAACCAUGUGCCCAUCCUGGGUGUGUUUCUUGGUAAGGACAAGAUCCGCUGGUCCUGGGAAGAGGUCAUCAACAAAAAGCUGGGUUUUUUCUCUGAGGUAGAGAUGGUGGUACUGCGCAAGGAGCCUGUAUAUUUGAAGGCAUAUGCCCUGUUUGAUGGCUGGAGAUAUGCACCAGUUGUGAAACAUUUCCUCUUACAUUACAUACAAGAUGGUGGACUCGGAACUGAAACCUUUUUCUAUGAUGACCCAGCAUAUUUUUAUUCCACCGUGUUUUCUUCCCCUGAAAGAGCAGCAUUUCACUACCAAAACGGUGGCCCGCCACGAGGAGGCAAUCCCCUGAAUUCAUCAAAUGUGCGAUCUGUAGUGUCUUCCAUGAAUCAAAAACUGCUUCAGUCGAGGGACAGGGUAGAUUUUAUGGAGGCCUACAGACUUCUUUUGAUACGCUCGCUCAUUUCGGAUGACACAGAUAAUGUUGUUAGUGCAUGGCGGAUGUUCCACAGCAUGGCCGGCCAGGCGGAGUAUGUGGCCAGUUUGGCACAGUCACUGGCAGAGCUGACCGAGUUUGAGUUGGAGUACUCCAAGUUUCUCUCAGUAGAAAUCUCACAGACAGAUGGAUCGGAUGUUGACACAAAGACCAGUACUGUAAGUACACAAAAACUAAUACCUUAUCCAGUGAACCUGGGAGUGAUUAGUGCGAUGGUGAAAGCUCUACUGGUCAAGGCUCAAGCCGUGACUGAGUGGAGGAUCUCCAUGUGUGCUCUCAGCCUGUGCCAGUUGGUCCUCUACAAGAUCAAGAAUGUUGUGGAAACUGACCGGACAACAGGAAGCAUGUAUCCGGUCAUCCAGGAGAUGACGGUAACUGUUUUGGAGGAAGUGUCACAGAUAUUCACCAACAUAAAGAGCACAAUGUGCAACGAUGUACACAACAUGAGUGAAAGUGCCAGGAAGACACUGACAGAGAUCAGCAGGGCACAGACUGACCGCCCUACCAGCGUGGAAUCUCUGGUGCUCAAUCAGCCACAGCUGUUCCUGCAGAGACCUCGAGCGGGCCAGACAAUUCUAGAGGAUGAACUGCUGUACCAGCCAAAGAAAGGCAGAUCACACAGACAAGCACAGAAACAUUAG